CUCUAUUUAUUAUCUACUCAAAAUCCCCUUUCCUUCUUAUUUGUAUUUUCCCCUUUGUAUAUUUUGUUAUUCUUUAUUAGCAUUUGUGUAUUAGUAGCCCUAUGUAUUUUAUUUGUUAGUAUAAAAUUUGUUCGUUCCAUUUUGCAGCUGCGACUAGUUACUGUAGUAGUAGUAGUGCGAUUUGUCAAAAGAAAAAUAGUCCUUUUAUCUGAUCUCGUUAGUAAUGUAAUAUACUGAUUAUUUCCGUAAUAGUAUAGUAAUAAUUUAUAAUGGCUGUACCGUUCCCGGAUAUAGAUCCGUAUACUAUUCUCGGAGUUGGGAAGGAGUCGUCACCUCUUGAAAUUAAAAAGUCAUAUAAAAAAUUAUGUCUUAAGUAUCAUCCAGAUAAGUUACAACAACAAUAUCAACAGCAACAGCAAGACAAUGUAGAUGGACAUUUAUUUGCUAAAAUUCAAUUUGCAUAUAGUAUCUUAAGUGAUUCAAGUAAAAGACAAAGGUAUGAUCGUACUGGAUCACUUGAAGAAUUUGGAGAUCAAGAAGAAGGAUUUGAUUGGCAAGAUUAUUUUAAUUCAAUUAAUGAAAAAAUUACUAUUGAUAUGAUUGAAGAAGAUAAAAUUAAAUAUCAAAAUAGUGAGGAAGAACGUGAAGAUAUUAUAUCUAAUUUCUUAUAUUAUGAAGGAGAUUUUCUUAAAUUAUUUGAAUUAAUACCUCAUUUGGAAUUUUCUGAAUCAGAAGAACAACGAGUAUUUGGUAUAAUACAAGAUGAGAUUGAAUCAGAAUUAGAUAAUAAUGAUUUAGUAGUAGAUAAACUGACAUUAUUAUCAUGGAAUAAAUAUAAAAAAUCUCGUAAAACCAAAGUUAAACAAAUGUUAAAAAAAUUAGCAAAAGAAGCUAAAGAAGCUGAAGAAAUUGAAAAAAUGAUUAAGGAUAAAAGUAAGAGAUCGAUUAAGAAUGAAUCUGAUCUUGGACUACUAAUUAAAAGUCGUCAAGCUAAUCGACUUGAUAAUCUUAUAAAUUCACUUGAAUCUAAAUAUCUUGAUAAAAGAGGUAAAAAGAGAUCAGAUAGACAUAUUGAUGAAGAUGAAUUUGAUCGAAUCCAGAAGGAUCUCGAAAGUAAACGUAAGAGGAAGUAGACAAUGUCGCAGGUGGUACAUCAGUAUCCAUACAUAAUAACUUUUAGUUAUAUAAAUAUUUAUUGGUCUAUAUAGUUCAGUAGUUCAGUAGUUGUAUAGUCCACAUGCUUAUAGUCCAUAUACUAAAGUUCUAUACUUAGUAUAGUUCUAUACUUAAC